AUGUGUGACCUCACCCGUUUGUGUAACUUUAGGUCGUCCAGUCCCUCGAGCCUCACGAUGCUGUACGGUGCUUUAUUAUCACUAGCGGCGUCUAUGUUUUGUCUCGGCCUCUUCUUGGUGCACAGAGCCAGUCUUUUAGAAAAUGACUUUCGCAAACUCCAAAGGGACAUAAUUCUACAAUUAAAUCAGCCACGUUCUGAAGGAGUCAAAGAGAAAAUGGCCAAGAUGUCUAAAACAAGGGAGCCAAAGGUUUUCCAGAAUACUCAAAGUUCACUGAUGUCUUCUAGGAGAAUGAAACGGGAACAAAGCAGCAACAGAGCUCCAACAUCAUUUCUGCAGUUAACGGCUAACUCUAACAAACUGCCAGACAUAAAAGGAAAUAUUACAGUGAUCCCUUGGACGGUUUCUGUGCAGGGAGGAAAUGCAAUUUCACAAAAGGAAAACAGAAUUGUUGUCCAAGAGGAUGGUUAUUACUUGGUGUUUGGACAAGUAUGGUGUCAUUGGACCUCAAGCGUAACUAAGCUGAUAUUACAACUGACUUGUUCCAACUCUGUGGCUAAUGUUCUGCUUAAUUCACAGGUUUUGUUCAAAAGCUCCAACGCCGUCAUGGGCCACGUCAUUCGGCGCUGGAGCUCCGCUGGCUCCGACACCAGGUCCACGGAGCUCCUGCGCUGCUUGCAGGAGAUGCCUGGUGAACACCCUGCCAAUACGUGCCACACUGCAGGCAUCGUGCAGCUCCGUAGAGACGACAGGCUGGAAUUGGUUAUCCCAUACAGGCCCCAGGCUCUGAUCUCCAUGGAUGCAGAAUCAACCUUUUUUGGCGUCGUGCAGCUGAACUGACAGGAGGCGGCGUGAAGACGAUAGCCGCGCGGCUACUUAGCGCAGGAAGCGUGAGAAGGCGCUGAUAAAGGCCUGCGUGACGGCGGCAGGAAAGCGUGUUACUGAUAUACAGGAGUGUUGGAAUGAACUCCUCAGCCUGUGUCUGCUCCUGCUUUUAAUCGAUACUGUGCAUCUUCCUGUGGUCACCAUACAUUUGUGCCACCUCCUGCUGUCGUCGGGCUAUUUUUUGCUUCCCUCCAGCUCCAGCUCUGUUUAUUUGUUCCUCCCAUCUAUUUUAGAGCAGCUUCCGUUUUCCUGAGGCCGCGUCAGGAACAAACAAAGGUAUCAUUUGUUAUCACUCGGGAGGUGUACACUUUGCUGAUGUGAUUUAUUAGCAUGAGACAGUGAAUGUGAAUAAACUGGCCAUUUUGCUUCGGUUUCAAUAUUUUUUUUUCAUUCUUUUUUUUCUGAAAACAUGUUUUUAUUUUGUCUUCUGCUUAAUAAAAGUGAUGCAUCAGUCGUUAA